AUGCUGCGCACCACGGCGACGAUGGGAAUCAUGGCGGCGGUGGCCGUGAAAGCGGCACCCGAGCCCCAAAAACCCGCCUCCAGUGCGGCGGACUGUAGCCUAGUGUGCCGGCCCAGCGAGCUGCCCAUCUACGGGAGCCUGCGAAAGACAGAACCCAAGUCUGAACGGCAUAGAGAAGCGCAGGAUUCGGCUCUGCACCGGAAUCUGGAGGCCGGAGUCCGCUAUGUGCGCGAGGAAGUCCAGUCGGGGUACAAAGCAGUGGCUGACCAGGCCGGCAUUGUGGGCCACUAUGUGGAGACGGCCAAGGCACACACCCAGCACACCAUCGACCUGCUCAAUGAGCCCCAGAACUUCCUGCAUCGCAGUGGAGCCAUCGUUGUGGGCGGUCUGGCCGGUUUCAUCUUCGCCGCCCGCGGUGGCUUCAUCAAGAAGGUGGUGUACUCUGGCAUCGGAGCCGGAGCGGUGGCCUCCCUGUGCUAUCCCCGCCAGGCGGAGGAGAACUGCCGUGUGGUGCUCUACGAGGGUCGCAAGAUCUUCGCCGUGGCCUACAACUUCAUCAAGGGCGUGAAGCCGGGCGAGGAGGUGCCCAUCGAACCCAUCCAGAAGUUCCCAACCUCGCUGGAGGACCUCAAGUACCUGGCCGGCGACCUGUACGAGGAGGCCAAGGAGCUGAUCUUCCCCAAGAAGAAGUAGAAAGUGAACUAAGCCUAAACCUAUAAAAAAUCACCCCCAUCCGGCCGUGAAAUGUGCAUCGACUUAAGUUCUAUGGAGCUUGGACUCUUUCCGAUUAUGUGAUCAAGCUGGAAGUAGUUAUCUCUUUUCUUGUUGCCAGAAAUAAAUUGGCCUCGCGUCCCAAAAAUGAAAACCAUGGCUUAUGUGUGUGGGCAGUGGCCAGAACCCGCUCUCACAUGAA